UGACACACCUGAAAUUCUUGAAAUCAUGACUUUUCUGCUAUAUUGGUUGACACUUGGUACGACGGAAAAGAUUGUGUUUUGUGGGAUUCCCAUGCAUGUGGGAGUGUAAUGGAAAAAUAUUCCUGUCAGAAAUCCUCGUGAACCCUUUCCACCAGACACACCACUGGGUCUUUACCUCCUCUUGGCCACGACAUUGAUAAGAUAUACACAGCAAAUCCCCUCUCUUGCAUUGGAGGAAAAAAUAGGCGAGUUGAUGGAACUUUAUAAAAGAACUUGUUGCCGAAUUGGAAAUUCACUUUCGGUGGUGAUUUUGUCAUCGACGCAGCAUUCAGAGAAUUGACUAUGACGAAAGAGUUAGCUCUUCUUGCACUGCUCUUCAUAUUCGGUGUCGUUUGGAGCGAAGCCCAAUCCUGCAACUCCUGCGGCUCAGAAUGUCAAUCCGCCUGCGGAACUAGACACUUCAGGACUUGUUGCUUCAAUUACCUGAAGAAAAGAAGCUCGAUAGCCGAUGCACUACCCAUACCCAUGGAUCCAAGUCUGAGACUGGAGCUUUGGCUGGCCAAAUCGAGAUAUCCAUAUUUUCAGCAGAGAAACAUGGUGGAAGCCGAUGCAAGGGAUAUGACUAACGAUCUUGGUGACGCCUGAUCGUCGCCUAGAUCUCACUGACAUUGACCUUCGACCAAAUGGUGGUUUUUAUACGAGAAGUUGAUGAGUAUUUUUAGUCCUGUUACUUGCUGAAGUGGAUGUUGUUCAAAUGUUUGUUACUGUUUAGUUUGACUGGAUAUUAAACCUUUAUUCAAAUAA